CUACCACCUUCUCUCUCUCUCUGAAACUCAAGAAGAAGAAGAAGAAGAACAAGAAGAAGAAGAGGACGACGACGGCGACGAUGCGUAGGAUCUCCGUUGCUCCGGCGACCGCCGUGCUUUUGCUCGUUAGUCUCCUCAGCAUUUCCUCCGUCUACUCUUUCUACCUCCCCGGCGUCGCUCCUCGCGAUUUCCAAACUGGCGACCCACUGUAUGUCAAAGUGAACAAAUUAUCGUCUACAAAGACGCAACUCCCAUAUGACUAUUACUACUUAAAAUAUUGUAAGCCCAAGAAGCUUGUGAACAAUGCAGAAAAUUUGGGAGAGGUGCUCCGGGGUGACCGCAUCGAGAAUUCUGUAUACACUUUCAAAAUGAGGGAGGAGCAAUCGUGUGCAGUGGCUUGUAAGAUAAAGCUUAAUGCUGAAGCUGCAAAAAAUUUCAAGGAAAAAAUUGAUGAUGAAUAUCGAGCAAACAUGAUUUUAGAUAACCUCCCAGUGGCUGUUCUGAGAAAAAGAGCGGAUGGAAGUCAGUCAAAGACUUACGAACAUGGGUACCGUGUUGGGUUCAAAGGAAAUUAUGCUGGGAGUAAAGAAGAAAGAUAUUUUAUCAACAACCACUUGAGCUUCCGAGUCAUGUAUCACAAAGACCCUGAAACUGAUUCUGCUAGAAUUGUUGGGUUUGAAGUUACUCCGAACAGUAUCAAUCACGAGUAUAAGGAGUGGGAUGAGAAGAAUCCUCAGUUGAUAACAUGCAAUAAAGACACCAAAAAUUUACCACCUGGUAGUGCCGUUCCGCAAGAGGUUGAUGCAGAUAAGGAGAUUGUAUUUACAUAUGAUGUUUCCUUUAAGGAAAGUGAUAUCAAAUGGGCAUCUCGUUGGGACACAUACCUCCUUAUGAAUGAUGAUCAGAUACACUGGUUCUCCAUAAUAAACUCUCUGAUGAUUGUCCUCUUUCUGUCUGGCAUGGUGGCUAUGAUCAUGAUGAGAACUCUAUACAAAGAUAUUUCCAACUACAAUCAGUUAGAAACCCAAGAUGAGGCUCAGGAGGAAACUGGAUGGAAACUUGUUCAUGGAGACGUUUUCAGGGCACCAAUCAAUUCUAGUUUACUUUGUGUCUAUGUCGGUACAGGUGUUCAGAUCUUUGGAAUGACACUUGUAACCAUGAUAUUUGCAUUACUGGGUUUCUUGUCUCCUUCCAACCGAGGUGGCCUAAUGACUGCUAUGGUCCUCUUGUGGGUUUUUAUGGGCUUAUUUGCUGGUUAUUCCUCUGCAAGAUUGUACAAAAUGUUCAAGGGCACAGAAUGGAAGAGGAAUACUUUGAAGACUGCAUUUAUGUUUCCUGGUAUACUUUUUGCCGCCUUCUUUGUCCUGAAUGCACUGAUUUGGGGGGAACAAUCUUCUGGAGCGGUGCCUUUUGGUACAAUGUUUGCCCUUGUCUGCUUAUGGUUUGGUAUAUCAGUUCCGCUGGUAUUUGUGGGUAGUUAUCUGGGCUUCAAGAAACCAGCCAUUGAAGACCCCGUAAAGACUAACAAAAUUCCUCGGCAGAUACCAGAGCAGGCGUGGUACAUGAAACCAGUUUUCUCUAUUCUUAUUGGUGGAAUUCUUCCAUUUGGGGCCGUUUUCAUCGAACUCUUUUUCAUCUUGACAUCAAUAUGGUUGAACCAGUUCUACUACAUCUUCGGAUUCCUUUUUAUCGUGUUUGUUAUUCUCUUGAUCACGUGUGCGGAGAUAACAAUCGUUCUCUGCUACUUCCAGCUGUGCAGUGAGGACUACCACUGGUGGUGGAGAUCAUAUCUAACUGCUGGUUCCUCUGCUCUCUACCUUUUCCUCUACUCAGUCUUCUACUUCUUUACGAAGUUGGAAAUAACAAAGUUUGUCUCAGGUUUCUUGUACUUUGGGUACAUGAUCAUUGUCUCGUAUGCUUUCUUUGUCCUCACUGGAACAAUUGGCUUCUAUGCUUGCUUCUGGUUUGUUCGGAAGAUCUACUCCUCCGUGAAGAUCGACUAAUCUGGAAGACGGAUUAAAAAAAGAUGACAGGAAAUUUUCCCUAUGAGAAGGAUUGCUUUCUAGACAGCUUUCUCCUUAUAAAGAUGAUAGGAAAUUUUCCCAGUCUCUAAAAACAUUCUAUUUUUUGUGAUGGUAGCUUAGGGCUUGGCAUGUUGUUUCGACUAGGAAAUUGUAAGAUGUUUUUGAACUGUACUUAGUGGUGUUUGUACAAGAUAUGCUUAAACCUUCAUCUAGAUGUCCUGUUACUUCCAUAUGUCCUACACAACCCAAACAUUUACUUCUCUUAACACUCAGCAAUUUGAUUAGAAGCAAUUAACUUUUUGGAAAAAAAAAAAAAUCCUGUUUGUAGAUUUC